AUGAAGCCCAAGAGGAGCACUCUCUCUCUCAUCACCACUUCACUCCACUCCGCGGUGGAGUCCAUUUCCGUCCUACCAACGCCUCGCCUUCAUCCCCUCCCCUCCCCUCCCCUACCUCGCGGCCGCGGCCCGGCCUACCUGCCCCUGCCUGGCUCCAGGCUCCGAGACGGGGAGAUCAAAUUGUCGGAGAGCGGUAGCGGAAUGGGGGGCUUGGCCACGGAGGCGGAGGCGCCGGCGCUGGAUGUGUCGGCUGAGGGCACCCUGCUCUGGCUGCGCCGCCCCAACGGCUCCUGGUGGCCCAGCAUCGUGAUCUCGCCGCUCGACGUCCCCGACGGCUGCGCCGCUCCGCCGCGCUGCCCCGCCACCCCCAUCAUGCUCCUCGGCCGCCGCGACGGCGCCACCUUCGUCGAAUGGUGUAACCUCGACAAGUGCAAGCGCGUCAAGCCCUUCCGCUGCGGGGAGCUCGACUUCGACCAACGCAUCACCAACGCCCAGGCCCUGGCUGCUGCCCGCAUUCGCGGCAGCACCACCAAGACCUACAACAAGUGCAGGUACGCCCGCAUGGAGGACGCCAUUAUCCAGGCGCUUCAGAUCGAGAGAGCUCGCGCUCUGGAGGCAGAGAGUAAGUCCCGCCACGGGGACACCUGCUCUGCCAAGCCAAACAAGGGGAAUGGUGUCACCACAAAGUCUUGUUCGCCUCAUGCUGCGGCAAGGGACUCUUCUACUGUGGUUCAACCGCCCUUGCCCAAGAGGAAGCGCAAGACGCCCUAUGAUUCCGAGGAUGAUGCGCCUACUGGGUCCCGCCGUAUGAGGGACCUCAGCGAUAUCGGAUCCAAGACUGUCCCAAUGGAAUUGUCCAAUGCUGGCACCAUCUCUGUUCUAAAUCAUGAUCUGCCUAGUGUUAGUCAGGUGAAAAGGAGUAAGCAGUCUCCUCAUUCUACCGCAAAGAGGAGGCAUGCCACUGCUGACCAGGACCAACCUUGUGGAGGUUCCAGGAAGAAGGAUAGGUCCCGUCCGCUAUCAGAGCUGUGCAAUGGAGACAUGUGGAAUGGGUUUAGAUCAAAUGGCCAAAAGGCUGAUGAACAAAUCAUGGGUGUGGGUACUUGUCCGACCAGUUCCUCUGGCACUUCGAGCUUGGGUACCUCAUUGGACAAGACCAGCUCUCAUCACUGCGGUGCAUUCAAGACAGAUGAAGCAAAAGGCACUGAAAUCUCCUGCAUGACUGGGUUACUCAAGGAUGACUUCCGCCAUGGGGAUGAUGCUGUAGAAACUCCCCGCACUGCAGGAAGUAUCUUGGAAGCAGAUCAUUUGCGGACAUAUCAACCUUUUGUGUUAACAAAGUAUCCUACCUGGAAACACAAUAAGAAGUCUACUGACUACAGCAAAGCCGACAAAUCUUCCCAAUGCAAGAGCGGAAAUUUUAAGGUAAAAACUAUAAUCACUGUUGAUCAGGAGGGCAACAACGGGACAAGAGAUGCACUAGAGCAUGAACACCACGAAACAAGGGCGGUAAAGCACAAGGCACUAAGUACUGGGGUUGUCCUUUUGGAAAAAAAGCCGGCCAAGCAUUCUUUGAACAAACCCGCUGAACCUGGUGUUAAUAUGCAUCUUGCAGUAUUUCCUGCUGAUUCGGAUUGUGUUGGUGCAGUUCAGCAGCAACGUUCUGAAAGAAAUCGUGAUCGUGAAGAGUCAUCAGAAACCAAAAGUAAUGGUUCAAAUUUUGAGAAUGGUUCAAGACCAAAUCUGGUCUUUGAGUUGCCACUUCAAGUAUUGCGACCCCAACAGAGAGCACUCGAUCUUGAAAGGUGCCGUGCAGUAAAGCCAAUGAAGACUCUGCAAUUGAAUUCUACCCUUUAUGAUGUGGAGUUAUGUGUGCAGGGGAGCAGCAACAAGGCGCGUCGUGUACCUCUUGUUUCUCUAAUGAGUAAAUGGAAUCGUAGACCCGUUGUGGGAUAUCCAGUCUCCGUGGAGGUCUCAGAUGAUGUAUUCUGCCAUCCUUUAUCAAAUACAAAUGGUCACCACCCAGCUACGAGCGGUGCAGAUAGAUUACUGAAGGACAAAGCUGAAGGCCUGCAAUGCCUUAUGCCAUCAUCACACACAUACCGAGCGAAACCCAAAAGCCACAGAAAGACUUCAGGGAAAGAGGUAGACAAGUUAUGGCAGCCGCAUACUAAAAAACCAGCAUCUUCUCCAAGAAAAAUGCGGAGGCUUUCCUCCUUUGCUUCGAGCCAUAGAGAUGGCGACAAGAGAAAGCCAGCUGUGGGGAAAGUUUCUGGACCAACCAUUGCGUGCAUCCCGCUUCGAGUUGUUUUCAGUAGAAUCAAUGAAGCGCUAAGCUUUCCAGUGAAAUGAGGAUACGCAUGUCCUAGCUGAGUGGGCUGCUUAGGGGGGGGGGGGGGAUGCUUUGCGUUGCCUUGCCUGGGAUAAGUUUAGCCAGCCAGGGCACCCCUUUGGUAGCUCCUGUUGUAUGUACAUCUUUUGCUGUAGCGUUGGGAAAUGCUUAGUGCGGCCUAGCAUGUUGAUGAUAGAUGUAUCGUGUGGCUGUUUGUGAUUCAUAGCUGUGGUAGAUGGGUAUCUCCUUUCAAAAGCUAAAUUCACUUCAUUGUGAUAUCUAGUGUUUGGUGAUGCUAUCUAUAUAUAAUUUGGGCAGGUGAGGUGCUGCUACCCGCCCAGCCCUCUUCCUCUGUA